AUGAGGGGAAGUGAAACAUGUCCCUUGUUGGCACUUCAGGUGGAGGCUCGUCAGUGGAUGGCCGCUGUGUCAGUCCUCCACCAACACCGGCAGCAUCCACCAGAAGUGAUGAAGCGGCGCCUUCACCUGGCUGGUCAUCGUGCAGGUUUUUUUCUUCCCCGGCUUCCUCCACACUCCUGGGACGCCGUGAGCUGGACUUCCGGGGAACGAGAUCAGGUCCAAGCCUCGGGGGUUCUGACCGCAAGAGGGCACCACCGCCACUGUCUCCGCUCAUCACCACCACACCACCGCUACCACACCACAUCCACCUCUACCACAACCACCACACCAACACUACGCCAGACGUCAGUGCCCUCCUACAGCGCCGCGCACAACACACCACUACACAAGACCAAUUUCUACGCAUAUCUCCCUUACCUUAUAUUUCCCUGACAUGGAGGUGAUGGAGAACCUUGCACCACUUAAUCAUGGCGGAUUUAAAAAAUAUAACCGUUCUUCUAUCUGAGCUUAAAAAGGGCGUCGUCGCGCUCCCUGCCGCGCCGCCGCUACCGUGGUGCCGCGGCUGCUCCGGGAGGGGCGGCUCCCGACGGGCCGUGGCUACUGUGGUCUGCGGCCGGGCCUCAGUGGCUACCCGCAUGCCCCCUCCACGCCC